UCCGCGUAUCCGGUGGUGCAGAAGUCCUCUAUACUCUGCUCAUUUCAACGAUAAUUAAAUAUGAUUUUAGGCGGAUUUUACAAAGCGUCAAACCUUGUGAAGUGCUUCGGGGUGUCUUGGAGGAUCUUGAGGAGGAAGAUGAGCGCUGAUUCUUCAUCUCUGACCCUCAGAGAGCAGCAGGACGGAAUCAGGAGGAUCGUCCUGAAUAACCCUGAGAAGAGGAACGCUCUGUCUCUGGCGAUGCUGGAGUCUCUGAGAGAGAACCUGCAGACAGACUCACACUCAGACGAUCUGCGCGUCAUCAUCAUAUCAGCGCGGGGCCCCGUGUUCUCCGCCGGUCACGACCUGAAGGAGCUGAGAGCCGCUCGGGGCCGAGACCAUCACAGCAGGGUGUUCCAGACCUGCUCAGAGGUCAUGACCCUGAUCCAGGACAUCCCAGUGCCGGUCAUCGCUAUGGUGAACGGUGUUGCCACGGCGGCGGGUUGCCAGUUAGUGGCCAGCUGUGAUAUCGCUAUAGCGUCGGAUAAAUCCACUUUCGCUACACCUGGAGUCAACGUAGGCCUGUUCUGCUCCACACCUGGAGUGGCCAUAGGACGAGCGGUGCCUAGAAAGGUUGCAAUGGAGAUGCUGUUGACGGGCCGCCCCGUCUCGGCUCGGGACGCUCUGCUGCAUGGUUUGGUCAGUAAGGUGGUGCUGGAGGAGCAGCUGGAGCAGGAGACGCUGGCCGUGGCCCGGCGGGUGUGUGAGAGCAGUCGGCCCGUGGUGGCUCUGGGGAAGGCCGUGUUUCACAGACAGAUGACUCUGGGCCGGGACGCAGCCUACGCCUCUGCUGCCGAAGCCAUGCUGGAGAACCUGACCCUGCGGGACACUCAGGAGGGCAUCCGGGCGUUCCUGGAGAAACGCAAGCCUGUGUGGAGCAACACUGAUGCUGUGGACACAAACACUCGCUGAGCCACAGAAACACUCAAACUCUGUCCGUCUGCAGAUUCAGUCCAUGCUGUUUGUGCCUUAAACACAUUCAUCACGUGGAAUGCCUAAAAAUAAUUAUUAUUAUAACCAUGUGAACUCUAAUUCUAAAAAAGACUGAAAUAUAUUACUGUUGUAAAUUACAAUUGUACUGUAAAAUAAAAAUGAAUAUUUGAUAA